AUGCGCUGGUUGGCACUCGUUGCAGCUACACGCGUCCAGAGGGAGAAAUAUCCUCAUGCCUUUCGGGUACCCCAGAGAGUCUUGAACUCUGAUGGUAUGACACUUAAGCCUCGCCAAGUGAUCUGCUCCACUUUGGAGGAGGGCGAGGAGGUCUUCAUCGAGCUUAGACAAGGUGCCGCAAUCGCAGAGGAGGACGUCGAUGCGCUGGAGUGGUCAGAGGAGGCUUAUGGCCCUCAAGCCAACCUGAUGGAAUGCAAAUUCAGGUGGAAGGUUGGCGGCCAGCAAGACUUUCCCAAGACCGUCCGUGGCGAGUACGUAGUUGCACCUCGCUGGCAGGGGGUGUACCCACAGAAAGAUUAUGGUGGACCCUUCGAGAUACAGAUCAUCCCGGUGGACAUCACACCUGACGAGGUCGAGUGGAUAGCUUCCAGGAAGGCGCCUCCCGGAAGCUGCACUUACAGGUUCGUCAUGAAGAAUGACUACGAGUCCAUUUGUAAGGCUGAUCCAGAAACGCUGACGUCCGACGGCCUAGCACACUAUAUCGAGUUUCAUUGGGAUGUGCCAAUUGCUCCGGAGCCCUAUCCGGAAAUCGACAGCCGACCGUCCACAGCAUCCUCCAGAGACGGGGCGCAAGUCGACCCCAGAUUCGAGCAGGACUGGGAUGCCCUACGACUAAAGUGGGUUGAAUCGUUCAUGAAGGUUCGCGUGAAGGAUGUGCUGACAGAGUUCUAUGCCAUCUUAAUCGACCUUUUCGACUCAUACGCUUUCAUGGGCCUGGACCUUUCUGCCAGCCAACACACCAUCGGCUGCGAUUGGAAGCACCUGGUCAUCAAUUGUGGCUUGUUGGAGGGUCAAGCGGAAGGAUCACUCAGUUGGUCACAUGCGUGUACCUGGUUUGAGGAAGCCGCAGGCAUCCGGGAUGGAAGGCCAUAUCUGGCCCAGCGGCUGACACGCGCACACUACCUGGAGCUGUUAAUGCGGACAGCCUCCUGGACAAUGUGUGAGCAGCCUCGAGAGAAGUAUGCGCCAGAGAAGGGCAGACCGCCCAUGCCCUUGGACGAGGGCCUCUUCCGAUUCAUCACGGAUAUCCUGAUUCCAGUUAUGGACGUUUACGAUGACGACCCGAUUCGAAAAGAUGCAGUGCAGCAUGAAAAUCUUGUGGUGAUUCAGGAGAAUCGGCGUUCCAUCCGGUCGAUCUAUGCGUUUCUGGCACAGCCGUGGCCGUACUAUCAAGGAGAGCGAGUUUUAGUUCCGGCCACAUUGAAGUACGUGUUGGAGCCCUGGCCCCAGCUUCAAUUCGAAGGAUCUCAGAAAGAACAAUUGACCGGCGACACGCCGACGGCGGGACCGGAGGCUCCCCCACCACCGCCCGAGGGAGAGGCAGCCGAAGCGGGCGCCCCGAAGGCGGUUAGCGUUGACAUGGCUGCGAUUUUCGGCGGAGAGGAGCACCUCGACCUCGAGCAGCUUCAGGCAAUCCUGGAGAGCUUCGAUUCUCACGUCGGAAAGAUCACAGCGAAUCAUCCCGAAGAGUUUGAGCACCGUGCGCUGCUUUUCUGGGAGUUCUUUGAGGUGGUCAUGGAAUCCUGUCGUGGCCUGGUGGCAAGCCUGGGGACACCCCUGGACAAGGCCAUCCCGGCCUAUGUGCAGACAAUGCUUGCUUUCAUGGGUCUGGUCGACAGAGAGGAAGCUGCGUUGCCUGUACCAGCAGCCGAAGGUAUGGAGGGGGAGGAGGACGAAGCUCUGGCUGAUAUCGACGAUGAGUGA